AUGUUCCCCCGGCGUGGUGACGCCAUUUGCACUUCGCGACGGUGUGAGCUGCGCCAUCUGGCUGCGUGGGCGUGCGUGAGUAGGCUGAUUUAUCCCAAAGAUUAUUCCCCAAUGUCAGCCGACGGCCGUCUGCUUCAUUGACUUGGCCGCCACGUUCGAUUCCGUUCAUCGUGAGUCCCUCUGGCGGAUAAUGGCUGUAGAUGGUGUACCGGCAAAAAUGAUGGCCAUAAUCAAAGCCUAUUAUUGCUCAACUACUGCCAGAGUCCUGGUCCGCAACAAUCUUGCUCAACUGUUCGUUAUUCGGUCUGGCGUUCUGUUGAACUACGCCAUUGACUGGAUUCUCGGAAGGGUCCUACACGAGGGUGAAGCUGUUGAAUUUGCACCCGGACACCGACUGACUGAUCUCGACUAUCCCGAUGGUAUCGGCUUACUUGCAUCAGGUUUUGGUGAGUUGCAGUCUAUGGUGUCACGGGUGGACGAGGUCGCUCAAUCGGUCGGUUUAUGCAUAAACGCUGGGAAGACUUAA